AAUCCCAAUUUGUGAGAUUAUAUAGAGUAUGUUGUUAUUGUCAUCGUUUUUUUAUAAUCAAGAAUGUAGGUACGAAUAUUAAAAGAUUUGUCCUUUUUUUUCUUUGAUAACCGUAGUAUCCAGAUCAGCUUGCGUGUACUUGGACUAAUUCCAUGAUACUAGGCUAUUGUCAUUUGCAAGAAGGGGGGCAUUCUUCUAACAUAUAAGAGUCAUUCUUGUGGUUUAUUCAGUUGAAAAAUGCCAGACAUUGAAGGGCUUGUGAAUGAUUUUGUUGCAAAGCUCAGCAAACGUAAGGUUGAAGGGUCACAAGCAACUUCGCGGCUAACAGCAGAGUUGCUUCGUUCAGUAGUUUCAUUGCAAAGAUUGCCACCUACCAAUCCAGCUGCAGUACUUAUUGAGGCUGUGAGGGGUAUAGGUGUUAAAUUGGUUGCUGCCAACCCCGUUGAGCUUGCUGUUGGAAAUAUUGUUAGGCGUGUUCUUCAUAUAAUCCGGGAGGAGGAUCUCUCUCUUUUGACCAGUAAAACAGGCGACCUAGAUUUAUCAGCUGCAAGUGAUGAUGAACGAACCAUAGAGCAGGAUUAUGACCCAACUCAGUCUGCUGCUGCAGCUGCAGCUAAAAGUUUUGUACGACCUCCUUCAUUGCAUGCGCUUCUGGAGAAUAUGCCUGAUAAAGCUGUACCGAGUAACAUAUACACCUCCUCUUCGGGUGGAGAUUCUGAAGAGAAAAGCAAAGCUGAUAAACUUGCCAGGACUCGGAAGUUAAAGCACGAUGUUAUUGAGGCAAUUAACAUGCUAAUUGAAGAUAUUGAUACUUGUCAUGAGCUGAUCGCAGAACAGGCUGUUGAGCAUAUUCACCAAAAUGAAGUAAUACUAACAUUAGGUAGUUCGAGAACUGCCUUUGAAUUCUUCUGUGCGGCAAAAGAGAAAAAGCGGUCUUUUCGGGUGGUUGUUGCAGAAGGUGCACCAAGGUACCAGGGACAUGCUCUUGCAAAAGAGCUGGUAUCAAGAGGUCUACAAACUACAGUUGUAACAGAUUCUGCUGUUUUUGCAAUGAUUUCUAGAGUAAAUAUGGUUAUAGUGGGAGUUCAUGCUGUGAUGGCCAAUGGUGGUGUCAUUGCACCUGUUGGAAUGAACAUGGUUGCACUUGCAGCUCAAAAACAUGCUGUUCCAUUUGUUGUUGUUGCUGGCAUUCACAAGUUGUGCCCUUCAUAUCCACACAAUCCAGAGGUUUGUCUGAAUGACAUGCGAUCCCCUGCUGAACUUCUUGAAUUUGGGCGAUUAUUCGGAGUGGAUAGUGGAGCUCCUCUUCAAGUUGUGAACCCUGGUUUUGAUUAUGUGGCACCUGAGCUUGUCAGCCUUCUCAUCACCGACAUUGGAGGGCAUAAUCCAUCUUAUAUGUAUCGUCUCAUUUCGGACUACUACUCAGCUGAUGAUUUUGAUUUGCAAAGGAGGAUACAUAAAUGAAGAUAGUAUCUUGAAGGCAGUCUACUGAUGCAGAGAAGUGGCAACCAGAAAAUCAAAUGGAAGUGGUUAAGAUUUUGCUAUCUGUUUGUUAUGUACUUUGAAGGAUAGCUCUAAUUGAGCUUUUGGCACAGACACUUUCUGAACAUAAUGUACUUUGUUCAGACUAAGUUUUGACUUGUUUAAUGUUAUGUGUCAAACGUGGUAAUGUUA